AUGAACUCCUACCCGGGUUACCACUACCCUCCCAGACAGCGAUCCAGCAUACGCGGAAACCACCAUGAUCCUCCUUCCAGACACGCCGGCGACAGGACUUCCUUGAUAUACGCUCUUGUUUCUCUGGCGUCCGUCUACUUCCUUCUCUACACCUUUGGUAUCUCGCCAUACUUUUUUCCUCGGCUGGUCUGGAAAAUCGUCGUCUACUGGACCCCGUCGCGGCUUGUGGCUGCUUUGGAUAAGGACAAAACACAGAAAAGUUCGGCUUCGGACGAGACUUAUACAGGUUACCGAAAUUUGUAUGAAAAGGGUCAGGCAAUGCAGAGAAUCCUCGGUCACACCACAACUUCCAUUAUCCCGUUGCUUCCACGGUCAAGAGCGUACACCAGCCUCAGCAGUGUGCUAUUGGGGUCCAACGAUGUCUAUCCCGCGGGGCUCGGGAACUGGGAUAACUCCUGCUACCAGAAUUCCAUAAUUCAAGGCCUUGCUUCCCUUCGUUCUUUGCGAGAAUACCUGGGAUUGAACAUCCAAAACCUGGGGCACCGCCACCCCCUUUCAACACAUAUUGCUCUGAGAGUGAUCAUCGACAAGCUUAAUGAUCCCGAAAACGCUGGCCAGAAGUUGUGGUUGCCUGCAGAACUCAAGUCUAUGUGCAGCUGGCAGCAACAGGACGCCCAGGAAUAUUUUUCCAUCAUCGCAGACCAAGUGGAUAAAGAGAUUCGUGGAGCAUCAAAGGGGAUUACCAGUGAUAUUGGCCUCAAGACAGUUCGGCAAGAUGGUCAUCGCGCCGAAGUUACCCUACCAAGUCCUCCUUUGACCGAAGAUGGUGAUGAGCCAGAUACUGAUCGGAGCUGCGUACCUUAUUGUAGCCCGAUGGAGGGGCUUCUGGCUCAGAGAGUGGGGUGUAUGGAAUGCGGCUGGACUGAUGGCCUCUCGCUUAUUCCAUUUAACUGCCUGACGGUUUCUCUGGGCAAAAAUUGGGAAUACGAUAUCAGGGAAUGCCUUGACGAUUAUACUAGCUUAGAAACCAUCGAGGGUGUGGAAUGCGCCAAAUGUACCUUGCAACGGACACAGGCGCAGCUCGAACAGCUGCUAGGCAAAAUUGACCCAGUGGAAGAAUCACAGGAGGAAACAGACUCCGGAAAACUUAAUGUAGCAUUGAGAAGAAAUGCCGAAUCGAGGUUAAAUGCAGUUCUUGAAUCGCUUCAGAAUGACGAUUUUAGCGAAAACACACUGAAGGAAAAAUGCCACAUCUCUUCGCGCAAUCAUGUCGCCUCAACGAAGUCGAAGCAGGCAGUAAUUGCAAGGCCACCGAAAUCUCUAAUUAUACAUGUCAACCGCAGUGUCUUUGACGAAAUGACGGGUACACUAAGGAAGAACUAUGCAGAUGUGAGGUUUCCAAACUAUCUGAAUUUAGAUGAAUGGUGUUUGGGUGCCAUGCCAACAAACGGCGACUCCAAGGAAGAGGUCGUCGAAAUUUGGGGCAUAAAUCCCUCUGAAUCGAUGCUCCCUCGGCCUGAAAGCGAAGUCAACAGUUUCGAUAGAAGAUAUGAGCUACGAGCUGUAAUCACGCAUCACGGACGUCACGAGAACGGCCACUACAUUUGUUACCGAAAAUAUCCUGUGGAGUUGUUCCCUAUUGAAGUUCCCCAGCCCGUCAUUGAGGCUGAUGGGAUCAAGAAAAAGAAGGAACACUGGUUCAGGUUGAGUGAUGAGGAUGUCACCUUGGUUAGCGAGAGCAGUGUUCUCGCCCAAGGGGGUGUUUUCAUGCUCUGCUAUGAAUUGGUAGGGUCAUCGCCUGAAAUUAGCAGGGGUAUCUCUCAAGCAAUUUCCAGCAGAAAUACCAAGUCCAUUAGUGAAUCGCAGGUGGCUGAAAAUGGCAUACCACUUGGAGAGUUGCCACGCAGGCCCGGAAGUACUGCAGAGUCUCGGGCAGACGAGACUGACUGGUCUAGGAGAACCAACACCGAUUCCAUAUCAUCACACACUUCGAAACUUUCUGAAAACAGCAGCCAGUCUUCGAUUGGCACUAAUGAGGAGCCGGUCAUCGACAACAGGUCACAGAAACUGGCCGCGCCUAUGAAAACAUCGAACGGGCCAAAUAUUGUCUCGCAUGAGAAUCCAGGUGCCUCCUCGGUACCACAGCUGAUAAAAGCCCUAUAG